UUUUACAUGAUAGUUGGAACACGUGUAGACAGAGCGUGUACAGUGCGCCUAUUCAUACUGUAUAUUUUAAUUGUAAUUGAACUAAUUUACCUGUAACUAUUUCGGUGUAUAUUUGAUUUUGUGAGAUUUCUCUGAAAAUAUAUUUUCAAAAUGAGACCUUGUAAGGGAAUGUCUGGUAACAGUGGCCUUGCAGCUGCUAUUAUUUUCUUGCUGGGCAUGGGAACUCUACUUCCCUGGAACUUCUUCAUAACUGCCAUGAAUUAUUUCACUGACCGUUUGAAUAACACGAAAGGCACAAAUGGCACUGAGCAGGAAGAUAAAGACCCUUACAUGUUUGGCAACCUGAGUGUGUUGUUGGCCCAACUUCCCCUGUUGUUGUUCACACUUCUCAACUCCUUCCUUUACCAGCACAUUGCAGAGAGAGUGAGGAUUGCUGGCAGCAUGAUCAUGAUAUUACUCCUCUUCAUUCUUACCACCAUAAUAGUGAAGAUUGAAAUGACCCCGGACCACUUCUUCUCCGUUACCAUGGCAACAAUCUGGUUUAUUAACAUGUUUGGAGCAGUGUUGCAAGGGAGUCUGUUCGGUCUGGUUGGUAAACAAUCUCCAAAACUUAACUCGCUGUUUAUGAGCGGACAGGCAGUGGCAGGCAUUUUCUCGGGUCUUGCCAUGCUGUUAUCGAAUAUCUUGAAUUCUGACCCACGCACCUCAGCCCUGGGAUAUUUCAUAACCCCCUGUGUUGCCACUCUUCUUACAUUGUGCUGUUACUUCAUAUUGCCAUAUGUGAUUCCUGAUCCAGAAAAUGGUUCCACUGAUAAAUCAGAGACGAAGAAUGAGCCAUUGACAGAUAUACGUGAGAGCGUAACAUUAGUUAAAGUGAAAUUCAAUGAUGACAGUGGAUUAGAUACCAAUGGCAAAGCUGUCUUUAAUAAGUCUGAUUCUGAAGCCUGUGAAAAGCUGGAUGAUUUUAAACAGGAAUCCACUGAAGAGAAGUCAACUGUGCCACAAGUCUUCAAACAAAUUCGAGUGAUGGCAUUUUGCGUGACAUGCGUGUUUGCUGUCACAUUGUCAGUUUUCCCAGCAAUUACAGUCAGGACAAAACCUACAGGCUUCUUUAAGGGGAAAGAACACAUCUUUGUACCCUUGUACUCAUUCAUUGUUUUUAAUGUCAUGGACUGGAUUGGCAGAUACAUCACUUCCCGUAUUCAGUGGCCUUCAAAGAAGAGUUAUUUAUUCCCUCUCUUGGUGGUACUACGAGUGAUUUUCAUUCCUGCCCUCAUGCUGUGCAACAUCGAGUCUAGCCACCUCCCGGUCGUAUUCAAUCACGAAGCAGCCUAUGUAGUCAUCAUGUCAUUGUUUGCCAUGUCAAGUGGAUAUUUUGCCUGCCUCUGCAUGAGCUAUGCUACACAACUGGUAAAGCCGAAAGACGCAGAGACAGCGGGGGCACUGAUGACCUUCUUCCUGGCAUUGGGACUCUCUAUGGGUGCUGGACUCUCAUUUGGUCUUAAAAUGAUUAUUUAAGGAAAGUCAAAUUAGCGGGCGAUGCAGUUUUUUUUAUUGUCGCUUGACAUAAACGUGUUCUGAAUCAGUGCUGUCAAUAGCACUUUCUUUAGCUGUCCAAUCCUAUUAACUCUUUCACCGCCAGCGUUUAAAAAAAAAGUUGCCAGCCAGCGCCAGCGUUUUUCAUGAUUUUCACCAAAGUUUAAUGCCUUCCAGAAACGUUUCUUCUUUAAAUAUAUAAACAUACAAUAUACCAAAUGAAAGAACAGACCCUCUGCUUUCAAACAAAAAAAACCGUUUCAUCCUACCUUUAGUGGUUCUUUUGUAAUCAGCUUUUGAAUAUGGGUAGGUUUUUGCAAAAACACUAUAUUUUGAGCAAAAAGCAGAGAUAAUUCCAUUUUUGUGACGGACUUUUCAUAGAGAUCCGAUUCAGAGCGAUCUUUAAAACAGACACGGACAUGCAGCAGCUUGCCAUAGGGCAAUACUUCCGGGUUUAAAAAGUUGCGGAAGGGCGCCCCGCACCUGGUGGAUAAUAACGGUACCGUAUUGCGGAAAGACGGAAAAUCUCGUCGUUGGCGGGGAAGCGUUUUCUCUUAAUUGACGAGAUAAGGAAUAGAAGCAAUACUUAUUCAUCCAGAUGUCAUGACGGUUACCUUUUUCCAAAUUCGUAUUUAUUUGACUGUAGUUCAUUUUGUAUUUCAAUGGGAUUUUAAAAAGGGAAAUCGCAGAGGAUUUAAAAAAGGUUUUAUUGUUUUUUUUUUACGGUUUAACAUUAAGGGGUGGUUUCCCGGACAGGGAUUAGACUAGCCCUAGACUAAAGUAAAGCUGUCCAAACUGAAAAUAACGAAUAUCUUUAAAAUGCAUCAGUGCCCUUUGUUUUGCCUUAAAAUGCACACAAGUAAUGUUUUAAGUAAGGCAUGUUUGUUAAAACUAGUUAUAUUUCCUAAUUAAACAGGCUUAAACUUAUCCCUGUCCGGGAAACCACAACUAAGUGUCCUUUACAUGAAGUAUUUUUAUACAAUAAGUAAUUUUUUACCUUUUUAAUAUUGAUGUUAUUUAUUAUUUUUUACACUUUUUAAUGUUUUUAUGAUUUUUUUACGCUUUUUAAUGUUUGUAUUCAUGUUCAUUCAAGGGUUUUUAAUGGGAUUUUUUUAUAUUUGUAUUCAUGCUUUUUCUAAGGGAUUUUUGCUUAAUGGGAUUUUGGCAUGGGCUUCAUGCAGAGUCAAAUGUUUUUUAAUUAAAAUAUGAAUUAAAAUAUAACAAAAGGUGGCUGGUUUAUUCAUGUAUUUUAUUAUUUUACUUGUUUGAUUUUGGCUUAAUGGCAGAAAUGAAUAAAUGUGUAAAAAUGA